ACUAAAUCUGGAACUGGAAGAGGUGGAAGAGAUGUUUGCUUUGUUAAAGCAUAAUGAGAAACAUGUAUAGCAGUUGAUGAUGGUGAACCAUUAAGAAUAUAUGCAUGUGGUGUAUUGGAAUAUCUCUCUGAUAGCUCUUCUUCUUCUGUUUUUGGAAUGGUUCUCACACGAUUACAAAUGUUUCAGCCGUUUUGCGAUAAACAAAUGAAAUUUGUUGGCUAUUGUUGAUGAUUUGGAUCAUUAACUGUAAGUACUACCGAUACCCCUUAUAUGUAUUGUAAUCUUCCAUGAAGUGAUGCAUAGUGGACUACAAAAUGUAAAAUGUGUUUUCCCAAGAAUGGAUGAAUAAUUCAGCAGGAGUGGCUUUUACACAUUUCAUCAUCAUUGUAUCAAUCGGAGAAGAUGUUGUUGACAAGAUAUCGACUUUUUCACAACCAAGAACAAGGGAUAUGUGCAUCAUGUCAGGCAGUUCAUAUCUACCUUCUGAAAAUGAUGAUCUUCAUAAUCGAACUGGCGGACUCAAUAUCUUACUCUGUACAGGUGAUGGUAAUGUCAUUGGAGGUGUAAUUGGUGGUGCCCUUGUCGCAUCCACUUUGGUGCAGAUAGUGGUAUGUAGUUUUGUGUAUGGUGUUGGUAAUAAUGUGAAUUUGAAGGUGAAUGUCAAAACAGAGUCAACAUUAACAUAUGAUAGUCAAGAAUUUGUUGAAAAACCAGUGGUUGUUCCAUGGCAAACUACAUACACGAAGUGGUGUGAGAAACUCUGUUGGAUUGUUUUUUAG